AUGCUGGCGGGGCGGGCGGAGCUGCAGCAGCAAAAGCGCGACGAAGUGAAGGCGCUGCUGCAGCAGAAAAGGCAGCAGAUGCAGCACAUCCAGGAGGAGCUGGAGGAGAAACUGCGGCCGCAGCACGCUGCUGCUGUUGCUGCAUAUUCUGCUGCUCAGCAGCAGCACGCUCAGCUGCAGCAGCAGCAGCAGCAGCUGCAGCAGCGCUCCUCCCUUUCAGGUGUAUCUGCAGCAGCAAGACAAGCAGCAAUUAAAGAAAGGCUCAGAGAAACGGAGCAGCAGCAAAAAGCAGAAGCAGCACAGGACAGACACAACAAACGAAAGGUUCAGGAGUUAAGAGAAGAGGCAGAAGCAGCAGAAAAGAAAGCAGCAGCAGCAGCAGCAGCUGCUGCUGCUGCUGCAGCAACAAUGGAAGCUGCAACGCGAGAUAUAGCCAAGCUAAAAGCGCCUCUAGAAGAAGUGGUGGAGCAGCUGCGGCAGCAGCAGGCGGCGCUAUCGACGCUGCUGCAGCAGCGCAGCGCCUUCAGGUUCAGGAGUUAA